AUGUGCUUAGCUAGAAUCUUGAGUGUUUGUAAUAUCAUUCCACUGGGAGCUGUUAGAUUUAGAAUCAUUUCAGGUCCUCCCCCACCACUAGGAGCUGUUGGAUUUACAGGCGCUUCAGCUCGACCAUGUAGUAGCUGGAAAUCCGUUUUUGAUGAUAGGAAAGAGAAGUGGUGGCAGACUUUUGUGCAAAACUACUACUGGGAGGAUCGUAUUAAGGACAAUGUCUACCGUCUCUGGAAAUUGCACACACAUACUACAAUAUGUCAAAAAAUUAGCAAGAAGAAGAGACUAAACCAGAAGCCUAAGUACAUAAGUGAAGCUGACUGGACCACUCUGCUGGAGUUUUGGUCAACAGAACUAGCCUGUAAAAGGAGCAAGUCAGUGGCUGAAUCUCCCAAAUCAAACCCUCAUAAAAAAGGAUGCACAAGCAUUGUGCAGCGCAGUAAGACAAGUCGUGGGAGAGUAUACAGAAUAGGCAGUGUGCAGCUACGAGAUUUCAACCCGACAGAGCCAGUCCAUGCAUCUCUUUCACACAGCGUGGACAUGCACAUGCGUAUCUCCGGUUUGGAGGUUCAUUCUGAAGCUCUCAAGUCAAACAUUACUGAACUUAAACAAGAUGUGGUCGCGAUGAAGAGUGAUUGA